AUGUUUGGCACACAAGUACCAGGGGCGCUGGCGUUUGUGAGCGACAAGGUGCGAGGAGGGUUCUGGUGGAGAGUGGUAGAUCUACAGGGCACACGCGGUAUCGUCUGGGAACACGAAGUCUACGAGCCGAUACUUUACACCCAGGGCCGACCUUUCCUCCACUCGUUUGCAGGCGAUGAAUGCAUGAUUGGGUUCUCGUUUCCUAACGAGGGCGAAGCGUUGACGAUGUACAAGAAGUUCGAAAAACGCGGCAAGCUCUCGACUGGGGGCAAAGCGAGAGCACAACCCGCGAUACCAUCGACUCCUACUCGGUCGAAAACAAAGAGCAAGAAGGGCAAGAUUGACAAAUCGCUGAUAUCUGCACCGUCGGGAUUCCAUCAUGUUGCUCACAUGGGCUACGACGCGGAGGGCGGGUUCACAUCUGCUGGUCUUGAUCCAUCCUGGCAGGCACUUUUAGAAAGCCUAGGUCAAUAUGGCGUUAGUAAGAAUGACCUACAAGGAAACGAGGACUUUAUUCGCGGCUUCGUGGAGGAAUAUCGUGCACAGGAGAAAGCACAAGUCCCUACCAAAGCCGCUCCGCCUCCCGUAAAUCCGCGUGGAGGCGGGAAGAAACCCCCUCCUCCGCCUGCUCCUGUCCGCAAACGUGGUGCCGAGACACGGGAAAGUAUCAGCAGCCUUCCUCCUGCGACUCCGGUAGAAGCAUUCACUCCUACCCCUGCCCCUGCACCUCCGAGUAACGCACCUCCACGCCCUCCAAGUGCUCCACCGCCGCGUCCGCCUACUAGCGCACCUCCCCCACCUCCAGCCGCGCCACCCCCACGACCGCCUACAAGCGCUCCUCCUCCACCGCCAGCUGCCCCUCCUCCACCCGCACCCCCCGCUUCAGCCCCACCCCGUCCUCCGGUUGCUCCUCCCCCGCCUCCAGCUCCCCCUGCGAGUCGCAACGCGCCACCGCCACCACCUCCUCCUCCAGGCAAGUUGAUUUCCGGCGCGCCUCCUCCGCCCCCACCACCUCCACCUCCCAUGGGUGCGCCACCGCCACCCCCUCCUCCCCCACCCGCUGGCAUUCCGCCGCCGCCACCGCCCCCUCCUGGUGCUCCGCCUCCACCUCCACCUCCUGGUGCCCCUCCACCACCGCCAUCAGGAAAUGCCCCGGGAAGCAUGCCAACCGCUCAACCUGGUCGUGCAGAUUUGUUAGCUUCGAUUCAAGGCAAGGGUAUUCAUUCUCUCCGAAAGGCCCCAGUGGCCGACGAAGGAAGUUCGAGCGCCGGGACAGCUGCAGCAGCCGCAGUCGGAGGAGCGGCAGUAGGCGCAGCAGCUGCUUCGGGCGGAGGUGACUUGGCCAGCGCCUUGGUUGCUGCCUUGACGCAAAGGAAUAAGGCGAUUGGGGAUAGCAGUGACGAAGAGGAAGAUGAUGACUGGGAUGACUAG